AUGUCACGGCAAAUCACUGUCGAUGAUAUUCCGAAGGCAGUGUUGGUGGGCAACCCGCUCCUGUACUUUACCACCGGCUUUGUGAGUCUGUGUGUCUUUCUUUUUGGAUACGACCAGGGUUACUUCAGCUCGAUUUUGACAAACCACUAUUUCAAGGAGUAUUUCAACUAUCCUACGGCUCUAGAAAUCGGUACUGUGGUGGCAAUUCUGGAGAUUGGUGCCCUGAUCUCGUCGCUGAGUCUGGGCCCCAUUUCUGACAAGCUUGGCCGCAGAAAAACCACCCGGCUUGGUGCCCUGAUCUUCUGCAUCGGAGGCACGGUCCAGUCGUGUUCCAAGUCGGUGUCGCAUCUUGCCGUUGGCCGGUUCAUUUCUGGUAUCGGCGUUGGGUUUCUGUCAGGCACAGCACCCUCGUUCCAGGCAGAGAUCUCUGCUCCGGAGAACCGUGGACUGCUGGGAUCUGCACAGUUUACCGGCAACAUCAUGGGCUACGCCUCGUCGAUCUGGAUCGACUACGGCUGCAGUUUUAUUGAGAGCGACCUCUCGUUCCGCAUCCCGCUGAUGCUGCAGGUUGUCUUUGGAUCGAUCCUGUUUUUCGGCAGCUUCGCACUGGUGGAAAGUCCUAGAUGGCUGCUGGAGCACGACCACGACGCAGAGGGACUCGUUGUCAUUGCGGACCUCUUCUCAGGAGGCCAUGUCCACAGCGACAGGGCGCGCGAGGAGUACAAGACCAUUAAAGAGUCCGUCCUUAUAGGCCGGCUGGAGGGAAGUCUCAGCUAUCUCGAUGUUUUCAGAAAAUACCCUAGACGGAUAUUCAUGGCCAUGAGUUCGCAGAUGUUUGCACAGUUCAACGGUAUCAACGUGAUCUCGUACUAUGCUCCACUGGUGUUCGAACACGCUGGCUGGGUUGGCAGAGACGCUAUUCUACUCACCGGUAUCAAUGCCAUUUUGUAUGUUCUCAGCAGCAUUCCACCGUGGUACCUGACAGAAGCAUGGGGCCGCAAGCCGGUGCUGAUUAUGGGCGGACUGGUUAUGGGAGUCAGUCUGUGUGCCGUCUCGUACUUCAGCAAGUCCGAGGCGUCAAACAGCGCUACCAUGGUUGUGAUUUUUGUCAUGAUCUACAACUCGUUUUUCGGCUGCAGUUGGGGCCCAGUCGGCUGGCUGAACGUUGAAGUGCUGCCUACCAAAGCCCGUGCCUCGGGAGCUGCCAUGGCGACGGCCACGAACUGGCUGUGCAACUUCAUUGUCGGAGAACUCGCACCUAUUUUGCUCGAAAAAAUCAAAUGGAGACUAUACCUUAUCCACGCCACCUCGUGCUUCAUCUCUGUUGUGACUGUGUGGUUUGUGUUCCCAGAAACCAAGGGCCUGAGUCUUGAGGAGAUGGACAGCAUUUUCGACGACAGAUCAUCGGUCUACUCGACGCAUUCCGGCAACCUCUCUGGCUUUGGAUCCACAAACGACCUGGAGGCCUGGAGCAGCAGGUCAGGAAUGAUCACGGGCCACGCUCCUCAGGCUGCAAGACAUCCAGGCGCUCCAGAGACGAACCCGUUGUUGCCAAACAACAAGCCGUUCAUCUUGCCACAGGAUAUCGAGCCACCAGACCUGGCUACCAUCUACAAGUAUAAGACAGACGACUCGCACUCUCUGCGAGGCUCGCUGCGCAAGGGCUCUGAGGCGGUCUCGUCUAUUUUCCGAUUCAACAGAUCCAACAACGACGAAGCAAGCAUGGCGUCCGACGCAGUGUCCGAAAGAUUCAUAAAUACUUCACAUUGA